AUGUUAAAAUUAAAUGCUGGUAGUAUUGUACUAUCACAAUUGUAUACAAUUUUUUCAACAACAACUAUAGCUUUAAGUGUAAUAAUUAUUGCUUGCGUUUAUCUUUACAAAACACGAAGAGAACGAAUUGUAAAAUUAAUUGACAAAAUCCCCGGUCCAGCUUCACUGCCCAUCUUAGGAAAUGCAGUUGAGAUGAAUGUUGACCAUGAUGAACUUUUUAUGCGAAUGACUGGAGCACAGAGGUUAUGGGGAAAUCGUCUAGGUAUCAAUAGAGCUUGGCAAGGAGUCAAUCCAUAUGUUAUGCUCUUUCAUCCUGAAACUGUUGAGCCAAUUCUCAACACAUCAAAAUUCAUUGACAAAAGCCAAGAUUAUGAUUAUCUUAAGCCCUGGCUUGGAACAGGUUUAUUGACAAGUUUUGGCAGAAAGUGGCAUUCAAGGAGAAAGAUUCUUACACCAGCAUUUCAUUUUAAAAUUUUGGAUGAUUUUAUUGACGUUUUCAACGAGCAAAGCUUAAUUUUAGCUAAUAAACUUAAACAAGAAGUAGACAAAGAUUCAUUUAAUAUUUUUCCAUAUGUAACUCUCUGUACUUUAGAUAUUGUUUGUGAAACAGCAAUGGGACGCUGUAUUAAUGCUCAAAGUGAUAGUGAAUCGGAUUAUGUAAAAGCUGUUUAUGGAAUUGGAGAAAUAAUACAAAAUCGACAGUCAAAACUGUGGUUGCAGUGGAAUUCAAUUUUUAUGCUAACUAAAAACUAUCACGUUCAUAAAAAUUAUAUUAAAAUUCUUCAUAAGUUCUCGAAUAUGGUCAUUGAAGAGCGUAAAAAAGAAAUUAUGAAUGAUAACAAUAAAAUUGACAAUAAUAAUAAUGAUGAUGACAUUAACUUUGGCAAGAAAAAGCGUUUAGCUUUUCUUGAUUUAUUAAUUGAAGCAUCAAAAGAAGGAACUGUUUUAACAAAUGAAGAUAUUCGAGAAGAAGUAGAUACAUUCAUGUUUGAAGGUCAUGAUACUACUUCCGCUGCUAUAUCAUGGACAUUAUUUUUGCUUGGAAGUCAUCCCGAAAUACAAAACCGAGUUGUUGAAGAAUUAGAUCAAAUAUUUGGAAAUGAUAGAGAAUGUCCUGCUACAAUGAAAAAUCUUUUGGACAUGAAAUAUUUAGAGUGUUGCAUUAAGGACGCACUACGACUUUAUCCUAGUGUUCCAAUGAUGGCAAGAUCGGUUACUGAAGAUGUAAUUAUAGGAAACUACACGGUACCUGCUGGAACUACUGCCCUUAUCAUGACUUACAUGUUGCACAGAAAUUCAGCAAUCUUUCCCAAGCCUGAACAAUUCAAUCCAGACAAUUUUUUGCCAGAAAACUGCAAUGGCAGGCAUCCAUAUUCAUAUAUUCCAUUUAGUGCGGGACCAAGGAAUUGUAUUGGACAGAAAUUUGCAAUUUUGGAAGAAAAGGCUGUUCUUUCAAAAAUAUUACGGACUUAUAAAAUCGAAGCUGUUGAUCGCCGAGAAGACUUAACACUUUUGGGCGAGCUUAUAUUAAGGCCGAAAGAUGGCCUUAAAGUUAGAAUAACUAAGAGGAUAUAAAACUGAAAUAUAUAUUUUUUAACUUUUAAA